CACUCAAUUCCUCUAGCUAAUGGCAAACUCAGUAAUUUGACCGGUUGAGGCUGAGGACUAAUCUUUGUGGCCACAGGGGAGGAAGAACCCUAUGUCCACCAAAGGGCCAGCGUCCUCUCAUCCUAAAGGCCAAGAGGCAGUGCGCCUUUAACAUUAGAAGCCUGAUCUUUUCUCUAGCGUUCUGCCAUUGAACCACACUGUUAAUCUUUGGCUCUAGUUGCUACCUGUUUGUUCCUUUAUCUGCUGUGCCAAAACCAGGAAUCCGGUUAGAGGGCUGAUCCCGUGAUGCAUCCUCAGGUAGUGAUCUCAAGUCUCAUGCUGCUCCUGACAGAUGCUGUAGUUUCUUAUCCACAAGUGAAUGGAGUAGUGGGUCAGCCUGUCACACUACCCUGCACAUACUCAGGAGCGCUCACGUCUGUGUGCUGGGGCCAAGGGGCAUGUCCUACUUUUUACUGCGAAAAUACAAUUGUCCAGACUGACACAUCUGGAUCCCAUGUUACCUUUCAGAAGCACAGACGUUAUAAGCUAAAAGGGUCCCUUUUGGCAAGGAAUGUGUCUUUGACUAUAGAGAAUGCAGUUGAGGCAGACAGUGGCCUGUAUUGUUGUCGUGUUGAGCACAAGGGUUGGUUUAACGAUCAGAAACUCACUGUAUCAUUGAAGAUUAAAGCAGCCCAGGACACCAGUGUUCCAACAUCACCUAGUGUCUCUACCUCUGCACCUCCAACAUCAACACCUGAGCAGAACCACAAACCAGUUACUUCACCUCUUCCAACACAGCCAGCAGAAACCCAGCCUAAGGCAACACAGGAAACAAAGACACAAUCCACCAGCACACCAUGGCAUUCCUACCCAACAGAUGGGAAUGGCACCGUGACACCAUCUUCAGAUGGCCUUCGGUAUAAUAAUCAAACUGAAGUGCCCUUGGCACAAAAGACACAGAUGACUACAGCUAAGAAAAUCUACAUUGGAAUCGGUAUUUUUGCUGCAGUGCUGCUCAGUAUUUUGGUUGUCUUGAUUAUCAAAAGGUGUUUAUACACGAGAAAUAAGCUGCAGCAACUAAGAGCAGUUUCAUUUAACAGCCCUCAAAUUGGAGCUUUACAGAGUGCAGCUGAGGAGGGCGUCCGAGCAGAAGACAAUGUCUAUAUUAUUGAGGAGGAUGUUUAUGUCAUGUAUUAAGACCCACUGGCCCUGCAGGGGCUUUAUCAGGACUGCAGAAGACACAGAUGAGCUGUCCUCGUGUCAGACUUCUAAGCUCCAGGGCUAUUUUUCUGUGUCACUUUCACCUGGCAUCCAACAUGUCAGGUGGCAUUUGGUACUAUGACUCUCUAGCUCAAAUCUGUGUACCGUCAACCCCAUUGGUGAUAUAGUCUUUUUUUUUUUUAACUUUAAGACUGGCUCAAAUAUUCCGGUCAUCACAGAGCUUUUUCUCAAACACAAAAGUUUUAGAAUCAUAUAUUCUCUUUAAAAAACCUGUUGCUGUACAGUCAAUUCCGACUCAUAUCAACACUAUAGGACAAAAUAGAACCACCCCAUAGGG